GAAAUGGCGGAAGAAGCUCCUUUGCCACCUGCACUGCCCAUGACUCUGCCGCCUCCUGCAAAUGUCCCACCUGCGCCACCAGCUACUCCACUGACUCCAGGCCGAGAACAGGUGCCAGAGAAAGCAGCGCUGGCUGGGUUGAGCAGCACACAGUGGGAGGUGACAAUGUUAGCAGCCCAGCAUCUGGCCGGCCAAAUGCUGCAGCAGAUGAUCACCAACCAGCAGGUUGCACAGCAAGCACAAGCAAUGCAGCAGCAUCAACAAAUAGUGCAGCAUCAACAAAUGAUGCAGCAGCAUGCUGCGCAAAAACAGCAGCAAGCACAAGCCGAACUGCUCCAGCAGCAGUUGCUGGCAACACCGCUUCACAUGACACAUCACCAGCCACAGCACAUGCCGCAGCAACAUUGGCCACGGGGUUCUGUGGGACGGGUUGCAUGCAAUAAGCACCCCAAGCAGCCCUCACCAAGACCAGGGCAGCCACCCAUCCACGCAGUAAAGCCGAAGCCACCUCCCAUACCGCCCCCCAUGACACCACCGCAAAGGCCUCACCCUCCUGGCCAUAUACCGAGGACCAUUCCUGCAAGGAGACCUGUGAAGGUGCCACCGCCAUCAAAGGGUGUGGGGAAGGGUAAGUUACUGGCUGAUGAAAUGGAGGAUAUUCCGAUAGAAUCAAGCGACGAGGAACGGCCGGACCCAACUGAGUGGUAUGAGGAUAAGAAUUUUGGCCAUGGCUGGGAUUGGGGUUGGCAGCAUGGGUGUCAUCCUUCCACGGGCAGUUGGCAGAGAGAGAACUGGCGUUGGGAUGAGGAAUCAGGCGAAUGCUGGGAGUGGAAAGCGGAGGAUUGGACGUGGGAUGAUUGGGAUGAUUGGUACUGGAAGGGCUAUGGCCACAAAGGAUGUGGCAAGGAUGAGAAAGGCCUGAAUGAUGGGGAAGUGAAGGGGAAGGCUGGCAAGGGCAAGGUCUAUGAUGUGCAGGAGUUGAAGGGAAAGGCCAGCAAGGGCAAGGCGCAGGAUCUGUACGAGGUGAAGGGGAAUCCCAGCAAGGGCAAGGCGCAGGAUCUGGGCAAGGUAAAGGGAAAGUCCUCAAAGGCCAAGGUGGUGGAGCCGGAGCCGGAGGAUGACGACGAGGACUUCGAGGUUGAGUCGGAGGAGGAGGAGAAAGGCCCCCCUGCGGGCAUCAAGCGGAAGGUGGCUUCCAUGGACGCGUGGCUAAAGCCACAGGUGAAGGUGAAGGCCUCGUCCUCGUGGUCAAGGCGAACCACGCGGCAUACAGCCGAGAAUGGGAAAUGGUGA